UUAAUGUUUAUUUCUGCUUCAUUGCACUUCAAAGCGAAUAUACACUCACCGCCACAUCUGAGCAGAAAGUUUUUGUAGAUGAGCAGGUAGACCAGCAAAACUGUCCGACAAUCAUCGCUAGAAACUAGCUUGACAAAACAUGCUUAGCUAUCGGAUCUUAAUAAUUUUUUGGGCGUGAAACUAUAAAAUAUUCCCUCGCAGGUUGUCGACACACUGACGCGAAAGAAGCUUGGACCGAACCAGAUUGGAGAGAUUUGCUUUCGCAUUCCGUCCAUAAUCAAGGAAUACUACAAGAGGCCAAAAGAGACAGCCGAGCUCUUCGAUCAGGAAGGCUGGUGCAAGUCAGGAGACGCCGGGUACUAUGAUGAAUUUGGCAGGGUGUACAUUGUACAGCGGCUAAAGGAAAUGAUCAAGUGCAUGGACAAUCAGGUGGUGCCUGGCGAACUCGAGGAGUUGCUCUUUGAAGAGCACUCGGAGUACAUCUCCGAUGUUGUCGUAGUGGGACUGCCACAUCCGAAAUACGGACAGGCACCGGCUGCGGUAGUAGUGCUCAAGCAUCCAAGUAUCAGCGAAGAACAGGCUCACGACAUUGCCCACAAGAUCAAAGCAACCAUUUCAGAUAAUUUGGCUGUGCACAAGCGCCUUUACGGAGGCGUGUUCUUCAUGGAGACACUACCGAAGACUGAAACUGGAAAAGUCAAUAGAAAUUGCCUGGUCGAACAGUGCGCACGUAGCAUGGCGCUUUGAAUUUAUUGUAACGUAAACAUAUGGGCGGCGCAAUAAAAUUUCACCACGUUCGUUUUCACAAAUCUAGCUUUUGGAGGACU